AUGGGCAAACCUGUAGCUCAAGCCUUGACCCGGACCAUUGUGUUUGUUUAUGGCUUUUUCACAAUCGUCCUCUACGGACUGAUAUCCUUAUCCAAAGGCACUUAUUUCAAGCGGCCCACAGAAAAGGAGAAAUUGGAGCUCCAGCUCGCCCGUGAUCGUAUCUGGAAUCUUUCCAAAGACUAUGAGGGUCUUUCGCACCACAUCUUGACCCUGCAGAGCGGUUUCAAGUUUCACUUUGUUAGCAACGAUAUCCCAAAUACGCCGGAGACAAUCGGCUCCAAUAAGCCGUUGGUUAUUUUCAUCCAUGGAUUUCCUGACAGCUGGGCUAUCUGGCGGCAUAUCAUCAAGAAUCCGGCUCUGCAGAAGGAGGUCUCGGUCGUUGCAAUUGACCUCCCCGGAUAUGGAGGAACCGAGAGCCUGGAUAGAUACUCGGCGACCAACGUGUUGGAGAAACUGACUGAGCUGAUCGUCACCCUACGAACUCAAUAUGGCGUGGACACGGACAGCGAGAGUAAUACGAAGAAGACCGUGAUUGUCGCCCAUGACUGGGGCUGUGUCUUAUCCAUGCGACUCGCUGCCGAGGCGCCAUCUCUGGCUCAUCGCUUCAUCCUGUCCAAUGGACCCUCGAUGAAAUUGGUUGAAUCAAACAUCCGCCGCAUACUCUUCUCAUCUAAGAAGAUGCUCAGCAACGCCUGGCGCGCACCGCUUCAAUCGCGCGUUCCCCUACUGCAAGCACUACGAACCAUCUCCCCACUACUACGCCAAAUCGGCCUCUCUGGCUACAUUUUCGCCAUGCAGCUCCCCAUCCCGCUAGUCCACUACUUCCUGACUGCCGGCAACCAGGCACUUUUGAAAUCCGUGCACAUCAGAUCAUUCGGCAGCGCCGAGUUCAGCGCACACGACGUCGCUGAGAGCAUGGCGAGCACGAUGGGGCCAUCCGUCGCCGAAUCAAAAACCGUAACCGCCAACGGCGAUUCCUACCCCACCACCUUGCAAGACGAGCGCGCCUUCGCACACGUCAUCCACAUGGCGAACUAUUACCGCCACAGAGCGGCGUUUUCCCGCUGGAACAAGUCUAUCGAGACGGUCGCCAGUCUGCACGGUCUUGCCUCUGGAACUGCGCGAGCAAGCAGCGGCGCCGGUCUAUUCGAUGAAGGCCCGCCUGGCGCGCUCAAGGCCUGCACGACCAUUUUCUGGGGUAAAAAUGAUAUCGCUCUCGAUCAGAGAAUUUGUCUGGAUGGGAUGGGUGAUUACCUGGUGCAGGGAUCUCAGGUGGUUCUGCUCCCGCGGACGGGCCAUUGGACUCCGGUUGAGACGGAGAGUCGCGCGGCGCUGAUCAAGGCUGUGGAGUGGACUGUGCAGGGUGAGAAGGGGAGUAUUGGAAGUGCACUUGAGACGUCUUAUCCUGGUGUCCAAGUGAGCUUCUCGCGAUAA